CACUCCCUCAUCAUUGCUAGGCAUCAAAGGAAGGGAGCAGCCGGCCCGCAUUGCAUUGGAAGUUGAACGGCAUUGCUCUUUUGAGCUCACUCGGUUGGGACAAGUUACUAAUAGUUUUACAGGAAGCCGCUCCCAUCUUCUGCUCUGGCAUUGAAGGAGGGCUUGCCAAGUUGGAAACAAGCGGUCUUCGGACAGAUGCCAAGUGGUACGUGUCUGAGGGGACUGACAGGAAAUGCACCACCCCUUCAUCGCGCACCGAGCGGCGCACACCGCUCAAAUUACCACAUUGCAGGAGCCAAUGCAUCAGAAGGCGGUCUGCUAAGAGCCGCCACUCAUUCUGCAGGAAUCAGAUCCAGCAUUGCGUCUAAAAGCACAAUUGUCAGGUCACGGCGGUCGUUCUUUGUCUCACAACCGCAGAGCACAAGUAGUGCACAUUUAUUGAAUUUUAAGCAAUAUUCAGGUUUUUGUCCUCCUCAUCCAUCCAGUGCCCCCUUACGCAUAACCACUAGUGCCAUAGAUCUUUCCACCGGCGUUGCUCAGUCCAUAGAGCAGCGAAGCUUAGAAUCAGAGCAAUCAAAUCGCUCGAUGGCAGAAGUAGAUACAGAUGAGGCCGAAAGCAGCCCCCAUAACGAGCCCUUUGCAGAUUACAUAUCAGAUGCUGUGGACAAGUUGAGGCCGCAGUUCGAGCAGGUAGACCGGACGGUGGCUGUAAAUCUGCGGAGAGUCCUAGACGCAUACCGAGAGGCGCGAGUGGGGUCGCACCAUCUGACUGGCGCAACGGGCUACGGGCACAAUGACGCUGGGGGAAGAGAGGCGUUAGACACGGCCUUUGCACGAAUUGUGGGGGCGGAGGCUGCCAUCGUGCGGUCACAAUUCUUCUCUGGGACUCAUGCAAUUGCUGCGGCGCUGUUUGCGGUCCUGAGGCCUGGGGAUGAGCUCCUAGCCGUGGCAGGUGCCCCUUACGACACCCUCGAAGAAGUGAUCGGGCUGCGCGGCACGCCCGGCCACGGAUCCCUGGCAGAGUUCGGCGUCUCGUACCGGGUGCUUCCGCUUACCCCCGGGGAAAAGCUGGAUUUCGCCGCCCUCGAAACGGCGGUCGGAAGCGGGACGAAGUGCGCGCUGAUCCAGCGGUCGUGCGGGUAUUCAUGGCGGGAAACGUUGACAAUGGAGGAGAUCGAACGGGCGGUGAACAUUAUCAAGCGGCAGAAUCCGAAGUGUGCGGUGGUCGUGGAUAAUUGCUAUGGGGAGUUUGUGGAUAUAAAGGAACCGACGGCGGUUGGCGCCGACUUGAUUGCCGGAAGCUUGAUCAAGAACCCCGGGGGUUCGAUCGCGCCGGGAGGGGGCUACGUGGCAGGGCGAGAGGACCUUGUCGACGCGGCCGCUGCCCGGUUGAGUGCCCCGGGCAUCGGUCGGGACGCCGGAGCGACGCCCUCGUCCGUGCAGAGGCUCAUGCUACAGGGCCUGUUUCUGGCGCCCCAGAUCGUGGGCGAGGCCGUCAAGAGCUCCUUGCUGCUCGCGGAGGUUCUGAGCGCGGAGGGCUUCGCUACAAAACCUGCCCCGCGCGCGCGUCGGCAUGACAUCAUCCAGGCGGUGCAACUGGGCAGCCGGGAAAAGCUGCUGGCCUUCUGCCAAGCGGUACAGACCAUGUGCCCGGUCGGUGCGUACAUUCGGCCCACGGCGGGGGCGACCGCAGGGUAUGAAUCCGAGGUGGUCUUCGCCGACGGGACGUUUAUCGAUGGAAGCACGAUAGAACUAUCUUGCGAUGGUCCUCUACGAGAACCGUUCGUUGUCUACUGUCAGGGUGGCACUCACUGGACACAUUGGGCCAUAGCCUUGGAGGCUGCCGUGACAGCAAUGAGGGCACUGGGUCGAUAGCUAUGCUUUCAGUUUAAGGAUGGGGAGAGUUUGCAAUGCGUUCCGCAUCAAACCGGUCCGAGUAUUGUGGCCGCAGGUGUACCGCCCUCGGGGGGCAGCAUACAUUUUGAGCGAGCUGCAGCGAUCGUAUAGAGCACUGAGCGAAUAUCGCCGCAGCUCAGGAGGUGAACUUAUUUAACGCAUGCCGCCCACCAAUGAUGCCGGUUUAUUUGGGUAUUCGAACUAACUGAAUGGGUUGUACGAUCUCAAAG